AUGUUAUUCAUAUGGAUGUGCUAUGUUGACACGAGAUGUGCACCAAACUUGUUAGCGACACUUUCUUCUGAUCAUUUGAAUGAUGCGCAACGCAAUGAGGUCCGAGCAAUGGGUUUUGGAUCCCUCUUGGGUAUUCUCAAGGGGAAUUUAAACCAUGAUUUGAUUUUGGCCCUUGCAAACGCCUAUGAUCCCGACAAAUUUCAUCUUCACACUCCAAUAGGAAAAGUAGAUGUUACCUGGAAAUCAGUUGCAGCUGUCUUUGGAAUGCCUGCAUUCGGUGACCCAUUCAAGGAGGUAACAAAAGAGUAUGAGUCCAUACUUUCAGAGUUCAAGAAUAAAAGUCCAAAUGCUUUGAAACAAACCAUGCUAGAAAAUCCAGAAGGGGGUCCCACAUUUAGGAUAGCUUUUUUGUUGUAUGCAUUGAUAACAUUUUUGUUACCAAUAAAUACAACAAUGACUCGGGAUAAAAUUUUUCCAUUUAUAAUUGAUGUUGAUAAUCCAAUGAAGUACUGUUGGAUUAGAUGCAUUGUUGAUGGCCUUAUUGAUGGAGCUAACAAAUAUAAAAAAGGAUUGGUGUUAACUUUGAAUGGGUGCAUAUAUGUGCUUCAGAUAUUAUACUUCCAUAAGCAAAAAUAUGGACCCUUUGAUUUUGAGAAAGAACCACAACCGCCUUGGCUUUCCCAUUGGACAAAGGAACUUCUUUCUGCCCAAAUAGCAUUAGAAAGAAAAAGUUCAUCGGGGCUGGUUAAGUCAAAGGAAGAGCAACCUGUGCUUAAACGACCAGUUCGGCCAAAGAAAAGGGUUGUAAAAGAGGCUACUAAAGCGGAAAAAGAGCAAAAUGAAAAGAAAAAAGUGGUCGACAGCCUUAAGAAGGGUAAAAAAGAAUUGAGGGAAGAAGAAAAAACAACUAUCACCUCAAAGUACACAUGGACCAUCAAGAACUUCUCUAAAUUGAAGUGCGACAAGCUCUACUCCGAGACCUUCUUCACUGGCAAGCAUCCAUGGCGGAUUCGUAUACAUCCAAAAGGAAAUAAAGUAAACUGCUUGUCAAUCUAUUUGUCUGUUGGUGAUAAUGCUAAUUUUCCUGCUGGUUGGAGCAAAACUGCUAACAUUAAGAUGUCUCUAAUUAAUCAGCUCUAUUCUGAUGACACCAUAACACAUGUGGGUGUGCAUACCUACAAGCACAACAGCACAGGAGUGGUUGGUGCCUAUGGUUUCCCAUCCUUUGUGUCUUUAGCUGAAUUUUGUGACCCUAGUGAAGGGUUUCUUGUGAAGGACACAUGCAUAAUUGUUGCUGAGGUUUCUGUCGAGAAUUCAGGACACGAAGAUACUAAUGUUGAUCACUUGCCUAAGGAAAUGUGCUCAUCAACAUGUGAUGAGUUGAUCAAUUUCAAGGGUCUAUGCCAAAUAGAAAAAGACCAUGUUAAUCUGCUGGAGGAAGCAUGUUUGAAGCAUCCUUCCAUUAUUGAAAGCUAUAGAAAGAGAAAACGGAGCCAGAAGUUCACAGAAUGGUCAUUCACAACUCUAGGGAAAGUGUUGCAGUUUCUAAAGACAAAAAAGGUGAAAGACAUGAAUGAAGAUGCAUGUAAGGAGCUUCAAGAUUUGUGGGAGGAGCUUGAGAUGGUUAAGUUUGAUGAUUUGAGUUGGCUGAAGCCCCAUGUUGAAUCUGCAUUGAGUAUGAAAAAUUAUGCAGAGAGAUUGAUGAAUGUGAAAAGGCUGAAGGGUAGUGUAGUUGCUCUAGAGGUUAAGAGGAGGAACCUGAAAGAAGAAAUGAUUUUAGCAGAGACAGAUCUUGAAAGAGCAAGAAAGGAAUUGGCAAUGGCUGAAAAAAGUUGGAACAUUUCUUUGGCUCAACUACAACUUACUCUGGAUGAUGAUUUGAUCAUUGUUGCCGAAUUCUUCGUGAAGGAAUCACCACAUCAUCAUAACCAAUUAGAUGAUGGAACUAGUAACACUAUUAUUGAUGAUUCCUCAAAACCAUGUUUUCAUGUUUAUGAAGAGUUAGAUAACACAAAGGAAAAGGGUUUUGUUCAAUUGGCAGAGGAAGCUUGCCACAAGCAUCCAUCAGUCAUUGAAUGUCAUAAGAACAAAAAUCAUAGUUCUAUGUUCACCAAGUGGGGAUUCAUUGCAUUGGGAACAGUGUUACAUUUUCUUAAGACUAAGAAGGUGAAGGAUAUGAAUGAUGAAGCUUGCAAGGAACUACAACUUUUAUGGAAAGAAGAAAAGGCUUUUGGUUUUGAUGAUUUGGCUUGGUUGGAGCCUCAUGUUAAGUGUGCUUUGGGUAUGAGGAAUUAUAAGGAGAGAGCUAUGCAUGUGGAAAAAAUGAAGGAGAAUGUGGCAGCUCUAGAAGUUGAUCUUAAAGUGGCGAGAGAAGAAUUGGUUAAAGCUCAACAAGGUUUUGAAGAAAGAGACUUAAAUGAUGUGUUGGGAUAUUGA